AUGUCACAGAUACUGCCUGCUACCAACACGCCGGUUCAAACACCUUCGACUGAGAAGUUUCACGAUGAACACUUGGGAGAUCACAUUGAGCAUACUGAAACGAGUCUAGAAGGCAAAUCCACAAAGACAGAAGGACAUCAGGAAGACACUGAAGAGGGAAACAUUGACGAUUCUACACUAGAGCAACCGCAACAAGUACCAUCUCAUGAACCACUUUCACCUCCAAACCCUUCACCAACUCCGGAAAAGAGAAAAUUGGAAGACAAUGAAGCAAAUGGUGGAGAGCAAACAUCUGAAAAUGUUAAUACAGAACCAGAGCUGAAGAAGCUCAAAGUGGGUGAAGAGGAGGUGGCUCAAACUGAGGAGAAGAACGAUACGCAACCCUCGGUGGAUGGAUCAACGGAGACUCAUGAUAAUAACAGUGACAGCAAGCCAGCUGAGAGUAGUGAAGAGCAGAAAGUUGAGCAACCAGAAGCAUCAAAAGACUCCGCAAAUGGAGCUACAACAACUCAUCCACAGCAAAAUUCGCCACUUCCAGUAUUCACAGAGCCAGCACCAAAGCCAGCACCAGAACCAGAUAUGAACAACCUACCCGACCAACCUAUGCCCCCUCACCAAUCCAAAUUUGCAUUACACACAAUAAAAGCCAUAAAACGCCUAAAAGAUGCCGUCCCAUUUCUAGCACCAGUUGAUACAAUAAAGUUGAAUGUCCCCUUUUAUUACAACUACAUUCCUCGCCCCAUGGACUUGUCAACUAUCGAACGCAAAAUUACUGCCAAUGCCUAUGAAGACAUUUCCCAAGUGGUUGAUGAUUUCAAUUUGAUGGUUAACAAUUGUAAAAAAUUCAAUGGAGAAGCUGCAGGCAUUUCAAAAAUGGCUACAAAUAUACAAGCUCAUUUUGAAAAACACAUGCUAAAUGUGCCACCAAAGGAAUUACCUGAAGGAGCAUUCAUUCCCAAGCUGAAAUCUGGUUCUGAUGAAGCGACAAUUACCAGUAGGAGGAAAGUUGUUGCUGAUUCGAAUUACAGACAAAGAAGUGACUCAGUAGCAACUGCACGACCAAAGAGAACCAUCCAUCCACCAAAAUCAAAAGAGUUGCCAUACGACGUAAGACCAAGGAAGAAGAAGUUUGCAGCCGAAUUGAGGUUUUGCAACCAAACCAUAAAGGAGUUGAUGUCAAAAAAACACUACAAUUACAAUUUCCCCUUUUUGGCACCUGUUGACCCCGUUGCUCUCAAUCUUCCAAAUUACCAUGAAGUCAUCAAGGAACCAAUGGACCUCGGUACCAUUCAAUCCAAAUUGACCAACAAUUUGUAUGAAAAUGCUGACGAAUUUGAGAAGGAUAUCAGGUUGAUGUUUCGCAAUUGCUAUACUUUUAAUCCUGAAGGAACUGAUGUCAAUAUGAUGGGACACAGGUUAGAGGCAAUUUUUGACAAGAAAUGGGCAAAUAAGCCUGUUCCAGAACCAACACCGCAACAUUCCGAAGCCAGUGACGAUGAUUUCAGUAGUGAUGAUGAGGAAGAAAUCACAGAGGCUGUACUUUCUGAAGUUCCAGCAAUUCAAUUUUUGGAAAACCAAUUGAUUAGAAUGAAGGAGGAAUUGGACAAGAUGAAGGCUGAGCACUUGAAGAAAUUGAAGGAGCAGCAAGCAGCAAGGCGCAAGAGAAAGAAGUCACAAUCUGGCAAACGCGGAUCAAAAUCGAAAAAGUCUAGAGAACACUCGCACACGCCAUCGAGUCACCAAAAUCAAAUAAAACUCACACCACCACAACCUGUAGUUACUUAUGAAAUGAAGAAACAGGUUUCAGAAGCGGUCCCCACGCUUUCCGACAAGAAGUUGAAUGCAUUGAUCAAGAUCAUCCAAGACGAUGUCCAAAUUACCAAUGACGAUGAAGUUGAAUUGGAUAUGGAUCAAUUGGGAGACUCAACUGUGCUCAAGCUCUAUGACUUUUUAUUUGGCGAAAAGGCAUCGCAAAAGUCAUUCAAGAGGAAGAAGUUGGCCAGUGGCGGUGCUAAUGCGACUGGUGGAGCUAACCUUGAUGAAAUGGCUCAUUUGAGACAACAGUUGGCCUUGUUUGAUCAAGGUCAUGGACAAACCGCUGAGCAACAAUUUGCCAAUAAUGGUUUCAUGAAUAUAGCACACGAAGAAAGCUCUGAUGAUGAGGCUGCAUCCUCCGAGAGUUCAGAAGAGGAGUAG